AUGCUUUAUGUACAGUUGUCAAGUACCUCUAGAAGCAACAACAGCAUCCACUGUCAAGUUAUUGUUGGACCUGUUACUUGUACAGCUCAAUACAAGAGGCACAGCAGUAAUGGAACAUGGUCUCCUUAUUUCUUUAUCUCACCUGAUCUACCACCAGUAUAUGCACUUCAAGUACUACUGGAGAAAGUUCAUGCUUGGACUCAUCUUCCUUGGUUUGUGUUUAAACAUUUUCAUACUUACAUAUUAUAUUAUUUUUUAACACACUUGGAAAACAUACGGGAAAACAAUUUGCUGGACAAUUCUCCCCAUAUGAUAACUUUUUUUGCAGAAAAAAUCCUUUAACUGGGAAAGAAAUUCUGUACUGGUAACUUGCUGAAUAUAAAUUCAAAAGGUUUAGAUAUAAAUUUGUGCAUGAUGAUUCAACAACAAAGUGACCCAGAUGUUUAAUGUAUCCUAUUCAUAGCACAUGAGCAGACAUGUCUCUUUGACAUGCAGGGCUGUCAAUAAGGGCCGGUAGCCAGCCAAUACUGCCGGCUAGCUAGCCAUAUUUAGCUGGCUACUUUUAUCUCCUUCUACCAUAACUACUAGAAGCACCAUUGAAUAAAAUUGUAAAGCAUCCAUUUCCCAGUUUUGAAUGACAUUGAAUGCAUAUUCUAACAGUUUUAGGUCUGUGAAACGUUCGAACCGUGUGAUGUCUUGGAAUGCCUGGGACAUUUCGACAGCAUUGUUCUCAAUCUUGCGUGUAGUCUGACCAAACAACAUGGUAUCCGCGGUGGAAAAUACCUCUUGAAAACCCCUGGAAGCGCCAUUUCCAAGACUCUAAUAAAUUUUCAAAAUGUUCCUAGAUGCCUCGGCCUUCAAGAACUUGUGCCUUUGGUGCGAGUUCCAAAGCCACCUACUAUUCAUUAUCAGCCUGCUACUUAAAACCUUUUUUACAGCCCCGGACAUGUGCCCUAGUGUGCACCAACUUUACAUGGUUAACGCUGAUCACCAAUCGUUCCUGAAUUGGGGAAUACAUACAAAUGUUCCUCUUAUUAAUAAUGAAGACAAAACAUAAGUAACAAAAAAAGGUUUGGCCAAUGUUUAAAAUACAGGGCAGUAUUUUUAUAGUGCAAUAUUGGAAAUGGGCUUUAGUGCUCUUCUGAUAAGAACACUUGUUUCUGAGUAAGGGAUUAUAUACCUCUUAUUAGCUGAUUUUGAGGCCACACUGUAGAUUAUAAAUCAUGAUUUUCCUGUACAAGAGAUUUUCUUUUUUAUUCCCAACAAAUUAUAUUUUGUAGAAGAUUUGCCACAUUUACAUGUGCCAUAGAUAGGGAAUGUUCUUGCUUUGUUUCUUUGCAGGUGGGCAGUAAUUAUUGGCUCCACAGCUGUGUUAAGGAGUGUUAUAACAGUUCCCUUGGCAAUACACCAGAACAAACUUAUUGCUGAAAUUGAACUGCGACAGCCAACUGUCAGCAUGAUGACGGAGGCUUUGAAACACAGAGUGGUUAGUGAAUGCCGUAGGCUAGGUGUAUCAGCUGAUGAAGCAGACAAGCUGUUCAAGAAGAGGGUAAGGAUGUAUGUAGGAAUAACUAUUUCCUGAGGUAAUAUAUAGUACUUAUUAAUCAAGGCCUUGGUCAAUGAAAAAAAAAAGGGGUUAAUAAGUUAUUUAUAAUAUGGCCUUUUCAUUAUGGACCUGAGCCUGCGAUCAAUAAUUAAAACCAACAACUGGUUAGUGGAUAACUUAAAAAGACACGUCACCUCGAUGAGUUGUAAACUUGAGCCCAUGAUACAGUCAGGUGACACUGGUCAGCACAUACCUUUUUUGACAGCUGUCAAUUGACUGUAACAUGGAUGUCCAUAAGGAUGUCCACUAUCAAGUUAAACACAGAUUGUAUAUGCCUUGGACACCUAGCUAGUAAUGCACGGUCAUUACAAGAAAACAGCUAAUCAGAGCAGCUCGCACGUACUAUUGUAGCCAUAUAUUAAUAAUAGGAAACAGUUAAUUUUGAAAAAAAAUUAACUGUUUCCUGAGGGACCAGCCUUUAAGUGAUUUGUCUUAUAGCUGGAAAUUUUGAAGCUGGAAAUUCAUUCAACCAUGCUGUAACGGCAGCCCUCGGUCAACAUUCCUGGGUAACAGUGCACUGUUACCCUCUGACAACAUACAAACUUUAGAUAUUGCACUGGUGCCUUGUCAGAGAUUUUGCCGGGAAACAGUUUCAAUGGUAGAUGUCAUGUGACCUCAAAGUAAUCAAUGAGAGUGCGCACUGUUGGGAAAUAAUUUCCAGUUAUAUAACAAAGGUGGAUAACCACCCUGAGAAUUUCAAAUGUAGUCAUCACCCCAACUGGCUCCAUGGGGAUCAAUAAGUUACAGACUGAGUUCAGCUGAGAAUGUCAUUGUACUUUUUUACAAUAUGGUCACCAAUAGCAGUUAGCAACUGGCCUUAAAUAUUAAUUUUGUUCCUAUCAAUGUAGCUUUUCAGCAGCCUUUGCUUAUUAAGUUUUAUGAGUUUCUGGUUUUAAUAAAAUGAGGUUUUAAGUUUGAAGCUUUGAGAUUAUUUUUUUCACCAGCUUUCUGGUACCCAUUGAGGUUUUUAUUUUGCAUCAUAUCCAUCAUGAUUCUGAUUCUUUGUGUUAGAUAAAGACUAGGAUAAAAAGUUAACCCCCAAAAAAUAACCACUGCAUGCUACGCAGUAAUUUUAUUACCUCUGUGUCCUGUAUCCCUGACGCAUAAAAAUCCCCAAGACGGAAAAUAAUGGCAGUUAUUCAUCGCAUUCGUGCCGUAGGACGCAAAGAUCGAUCGAUCUGAAUGUGAGUAUUUGUAGAAAUAUCCCAUUUGUGUAAUUUCUGUGGCAUUUAUUACACCAUGGCUGUUGUUUAACGGUGCAUAUCUCUUUUAGCCUUUGUUGUGCUUUAAAAUAGAAGGACUAAGUAUACGGUAAUACAGAGUUUUGGAUUCUGUCUUUGAUUCUGUCCAGAUUAACUGUCUGGUUGUCUAGUUACAUGCAGCGGCAGAAAACUGAACAAAAAUUUUUGGAGACUAGGACCCCCCCGCUAUCUCAGGAUCUGGAUCUUUAUUUUUUAAAAACGGGACUAAUUGGUUCUGGACUGGGACUCAUGAGUUUUCACAAGAUGAGUCCCAGGACUCACCAUAACUAUUUGUAUCAAAAUCACUGGCUGCAUAGGCUAAUAUAUUGUAGGAAAAGUGUGGUGGUACCUAGCCAACAUUAUCUCAACACUGAGAGACAAACAAAAAGUGGGUUCAUAUUAAACUUGGGCAUUUAAUCCCCUCAGCCAGUCAUUAUUUUGCUAUACUCCUUUGCUCAGAACUUCACCAAUUUUUUUACUUGCCACUACAACAUAAUAACUUGCUGGUAUUAUUUCUUUCCAUUGUCUAGCAUCGUAAAAUGAUAUACGACUACUACCAGUCUGAGGGGUGCAAUCCAAUGAAAAUGUACAUUUUGCCUUGGAUCCAACUGCCUCUGUGGUUCUUUUUAUCCUUGUCAUUCAGAAACCUGACAGGAUUUUUUCCAUCUCAGAGAAAAGCAGGUACAAUGAUAAAAUGUCAUAGAUACAGACAAAUUUUCAGGCCUAGAGCUAUCAUUUCACAAUGGUAAUCCAAAGUUCAUAGAUGAAUAAUAUUAAGCUUCUAGCUGGCAGACCACUUGCAAACUAAGUUAUUUAUACUCCUCCAUUUCUAACCAACAAACCUUGGUGCUAAUGGUAUUGCAUGUAUGGAAAAAAAUUUCCUUCUUUAAUAUCUAUAUUAAUUUUUGCCAAAGAUUAUCAACACUUUAUCAACAGAGUAGGGUUUGAGAAUGUGAAUAAAAUGAUCACGAUUAUCAAAAAAUUCUGUAAACUUAUCAUUCCUUUAAGGUAAAGUAUGGAGAUCAGUGUGGAGAAUUUUUUAUUUUGUUUUUGAGGCUUAAAGGGAUAAGGGGUGGAUUCAAAGGAUGUGGGCUUUUUUUUCCUAUCUCUGAAAAAACUGAGUUUGAAGAAGGACUAUUGGGUCUCGUUUAGAUAUUUGUAGAAUUAAAAAGGCCCUGUUCAGAUGCUGUACUCUCAUGAGCCAAAUUGAAUUCAGUGAAUUAAGUUAAUUUGAAGUAUGGCUUGAAAUGGCUGAUUGAAUUUGGAUAGACUCAUUUGCUCUCAUCACCUACAUGUAGCUCCACGAGAAGGAUAACAGCUGUGGACCAGCCUUCUUGAUUCAGAUGCGGAGCUUUAUAUGAGCCAAACCACUUGCAUGAACUUUGGUAAUGUAUUUUUAGUGCAUUUUGACUUUUCCCUUUGAAUUAAGUUUGGCUGGAAUAAAGAUCACGUCUGAAUCAAUUCAGCUCAGUGACCUAAAUUAAUUUGGGUCAGCUUAUAUUCACAUUCGGAGUGGCUCAUGUAAUCUGAGGCAUCUGAACCAGGCCUUUAGAGUUCAUAAAUUAAAAGUCAGAAGAUCAUGAAUUCUUUUUGGUCAAAAUCUGGAUAAGUUUUACUUUUAAUUGCAAGCUUUAAUACUAAAUACACCAGCCUGUUUUGUUUUUGUAUAUACCAGCAUAGUUUUUAGUACAAAGAUUACAAAAUACAAUUCCAUUAAAAAAUUACAAAAAAUGUACAUUAACGUGGCCCUCUUUUUUCAUUUAUAUGACCUUUCAACCUCUCCCUUUUUGCUACACAUUUAAAGCUCUAUUACCGUUAUACACUUCUUGUGCUACUAAUGAGGAGAAAUUGUGUAACAAAACAAUCACUGUGAAAGGUUUGAACCCAGGAGUCAUUUCAAAAGGUUGAGUUUGAUCGUCCGGGUGACGUCCUGGUUUGUGGUAUUGUUACCAGGGCAAAGUGUUUAAAUUAUGGCUAAAAUGCCUGGAUAUGGCUAAUAAAAUAUUAUUAUAUAAUAGUGAACCUGUACUGAUGGCCACCUUUCAAAAUAUGUGACUUUUGUGAGUUCUAGUGGGCAGGACAUACAUGGACUUACUUGUGUUAAACCAUAACGAUGAUGGCAACUUCAUUGUAGGCUGUACUGCCAAAAUACAUUUGAGAUGUGCUGACUAUAUGUACUGACUGAACCUUUUUAAUACCAUCAACUGACGUGAUGCAACUCAGUUUGACUUAGGGAUGACUACCACACAGGUUGUCAAAACACAGUCACUGUCAACAACAACAGUCCUAUUCAGGACUACGUUCACUCGGAUGAUCAUACUCAACCUACUUACGUCAUAACCAUUUUGUUAUAUGUUUCUCACUUUUUUGUUCAAAGUUAAAAUUUAUCAAGUUGUUUCUGUUCAAAUAGUUGUUGUUGAUGAUGAUGAUGAUGAUGAUGAUUAUUUAAGCAGCUUAACAACAACAACUACAACAACAAUAACGUUAUUGAAAGAAUUAACUUAAUGUCCUGUAGGUAGUAAAAGCUAAUCUAGGUGGAACAGAACAGCUGAGGGUUAGGGUUUAACUUUUAAAAUAAAUAUUAUUCCAUAAAUAAAUUUAAAUAUUUAGUAUCAUUACAUAAAGGCAAAGUCAAGGAAACAAUAAUGUUAGAGGUUGAAGAGAAAAAUCAAUUGAGAUUUGAGAUAAGAGUUUUUUUGUUAUAAAAUGCUAUCAGAAGUGACCCCUCUUUUUAAAUUUGGGAUGGUAUAUUUUGUAUGACUCAAUGAUAAAAAAAACAGUGCCUCCAAUUCUUUUUAUUUUUAACGGUUUAGUUUGUGAUCUUGUCCAAUUCUGAAUAAAUCACUUAAUUAACCUAUGUGGCUUAUCUCUAGUCCUCUUAAUGGUUCAUGUNGUUAUUGAAAGAAUUAACUUAAUGUCCUGUAGGUAGUAAAAGCUAAUCUAGGUGGAACAGAACAGCUGAGGGUUAGGGUUUAACUUUUAAAAUAAAUAUUAUUCCAUAAAUAAAUUUAAAUAUUUAGUAUCAUUACAUAAAGGCAAAGUCAAGGAAACAAUAAUGUUAGGGGUUGAAGAGAAAAAUCAAUUGAGAUUUGAGAUAAGAGUUUUUUUUUUUAUAAAAUGCUAUCAGAAGUGACCCUUCUUUUUAAAUUUGGGAUGGUAUAUUUUGUAUGACUCAAUGAUAAAAAACAGUGCCUCCAAUUUUUUUUACUUUUAACUAUUUAGUUUGUGAUCUUUCCAAUUCUGAAUAAAUCACUUAAUUAACCUACGUGGCUUAUCUCUAGUCCUCUUAAUGGUUCAUGUGUUUAUUGUCAGUGAUACUAUGACUGUAGCCUCUCAGUUUGCUUGAUGCAUUUGAAAAGUUGCUUUUGCAAGGCCACCACUUGUGCGCCGUCAAAUGUAAUAUAACAAUCGCCUCUUGCUUAACCUCAGAAAGCCUUGUAACUUGCUUAUACAUUGAUUUUCUUUAGAAAAAGUCAAUUCCAGAAGCCAAAAUUCUCAACUUAUUAACCAAGCUGCAGUUCUGUCCAAGGUCUCUUUCAUCCAGUUUUUUUGUCAAACUUCUUCAGCCACUGUUUAUAGAUCUGCUGAACUUAGUCAUUUUUUCGGACAUAUCCCAGCUCCUCUAGGUAGUUUGGUUUAUUGAUGUACUUGUCCUUGGCACAGCGCAGAAUCUCCUGUAUGUCGUCUUCAGAGAGUUCUUCUUCCUUAAUUUUACUGAUGAUCUGAUUUAAGGCCUCAUUCUUCUUCAAUUCAGCCAUUGCCUCCUCCGUACUUGUACUUUCAAGCGUUAGUUUACCUGGAAGAAAUUUACCAGGCUUAGCAGAAAGCAUCUUACUUGGUGAUGCUUGCUGUUUCAUCAACACAGCUUUACUGUGGAACUUAUCGGCAUAUGUGAAGCUCUUCUGACGAGUAACUCCAUAGUCACUCUUAUUCUUCUCAGCAGUGCUUUUAUUCUCUUGUGUUCGUUCUGUAUCAGCUUCCUUGAAGCCCAUGGCUUGCUUCAAUUUUUGAAUAUCAUCAGAAAAUUCAAACAUCUUGAACUCAAGCUGUGCCACUUCCUCAGACAAAAGCUGGAACUUGGUGCCUAGCUCCUCAAUCUUUAAGGGCUGAUCAGUUUUAGCGGCUUUUUUCUUGUCACUGACCUCUUUCAAGUCGAGGAGAGGUGUCUGCAACUUUUUCCCCUUGUCAGCAGCCUUGUUUCCUAUGAUCACUGUUUCAUCUGCCGAGUUUUCACUUGACUCUGAUGAAGUGUACUCGGGAAUUUCUUUCAGUUUCAUAGAACGUGAAGGUUUUUCUUUUUGAAUCCCAACACUCUUGUUUUCAGCCUUUUUGACAGCACCUUUGUCUAAUUUCCAGUUUGGAGCUUCAGUUUUUGCUGAGCUCAUCUUCUGUGAGAUGAGAUAGUGACCAUUGGAGGUCGAGGGAUCUGAUGUUGCCUGUGAAGGCAAAGUCUUAUCCCUGACGUCUUUGUUAUCCGGCAUUGUACUGGUUUUUUCAAAGAAACUCACUGGUACAGUUGUGGCUGCAGCUCUCUUCCUUGGACUCUUAAUGUAUUCAUAUUUAGCAAGUGUGUCAAUGGUGAUUGUUUCAAAAGUGUAUUUUCCAUGCUUAUCCACUGCAUCCCCUUUUUCAUCCUGCUUGUUUCUGACAGAUUCCUUCUCUUUGGAAUAAUCAUUUGUAGGCAGUACAUGUACCUCAUGUUUAGGGGAUGAUGUUAGUCUGCCUUUCACGUCUUUUCCAUUUGAUGGCUUUCUGCUGAGUGAGGUUCCUAAUGUUUUUCUUGGGCUGGAGAGUUUUUCUGCCAACAGCUCUGUGUAAAGGCGUUUUGUCUUGUCAUCUGUUUCCCACCACUUGUAAGUAGGGAAGUUAGGUGCUGCAGCCAUUGGCCGUCAAGGAUACCUACCGAUGUUCAAGCUGAAAAUAAACAAACUGAUAUGAGGGGAUGUCAGCUACAAUCUUGGACAAAACUGUUGAGAAAAUUGUAUACUUGAAGAGCAUUUUUCUAAACAUCUUAGCUGUUCCCGGUCCUUCCUUCUCCCCCUUCCCCUGAAAGCAAUGUUGUUGUCUAUUCAAAAGAAAGCCUGAUCCCUUGGUGUUUGUAGGAAGCAACGUUGAACUGGGGGAAGGGGAUUUCUUUCCGCAAAGGCGUCAUUUUGGAAAUAGUUAAAAAUUGUUACGUAGCUAGGAGGCUUCUUUAGACACCUUAAUAAAGUUUCAUCAUCAUCAUCAAAACUUUCUCAAGUAGUUUUGUCUGGGAUUGUAGCUUAUUUUGAAAUGGUACGGGAUGAAAUGUUUUUUGGCCAUGUGUGCAUGUUUCUCUAAAGAUAGUACACAACAAUUAAUAAAAGUAAGAUUUGCUAAUUUAGAUAAGAAGUGACUUUGUUAAACUUUUGGAUAUUAAAUACUGCACUCAAAUGUUCUUCAUAUUUAAUGACUUGAUUAUGACAUAAGUUGACCUCCAAAAUGUUGUCAUCUUUUUAAAUGUUUUUUAACUUUUACAGCGAUUCUUUUGUAUAGAUUUAAUCCAAUCAGAAGUCAGCUGGAAACUGUCCUUGACUUCUGUUUGGUUAAUGUCUGCAUGAAAAAAAAAACUGAGCUAAUUAAAGAAGAUCACACUUUUGGGCUCCUUGCUGUAAUAUUAAAAACAUUUUAGUGUGGCAUUUUGUAACCAGAUGUUAAAGAUUUGCUUGUAAGAAUUAUUGAAACUAUCAAUGUCUGUUUUAGAUGGUGAUGUUAUCCUCCCCUGUCCUGAGAUAGCAAAUGAGGGUGCCCUGUGGUUUCCUGACCUUACUGUAGCAGACCCCACCCUGAUCAUACCUUUUGCUGUUGGUAUCUUUAAUCUCACCAAUAUUGAGGUCAGUAUUAUAUUCAAUAGCACACUUGAGAGAUCAAUACUUUAAUAGUUAUGUGUAAUGUUGCUGAAAGAUACAUGGCAGAAGGAAAUUUUACGUCAGAGAGAUUUAGAAUCACAGGCUUUAUUACAGCAAACAGCAAACAUCAAAUUCAAGUUGACGAUUUCUCAAAGAAGGAAAUGAAGAGACAAAACUGUGCAGAAUAAUUCUAGGGAUGAAACUGGCUGGAAACUACUAUUUUUUGGUAGAUAUAUAUAAAAUGAACAGUAAUCAACAGGUAAAGAGAAAACUUGUCAAGUGGUACAAAUUGCCAGUUGCUGUUUGGCAUAAACAUGGUGCUAGAAAAAAUAGGAAACUAAAUGUUUCUUUGUUGGUUACUAAAGAAGAAAACAUAACAGCAAAACUAAGUUAUUGAAAUUGCUGACCAGAACAGCCUUGUCAACAUGUACUAAAAACUUGACUGUUUUCAAUUCUAUAAACAGUUUAUACUUGGUCUGUUAAAUGUACAUUCAGUACUCUCUAGAAAUCCAUUUAUAUCAAAUCUUUGAGUGCAAAUUUAAUUUUUGAACAUUAAAGUUAAACUUUGUUGGUUUCUAAAGAAAACAUAUAGCAUAAGUUAGGUUAUUGAAAUUGCUGACCAGUAAAGCCUUGUCAACAUGUUUUAAAAACUUGACUGUUUUCAAUUCUAUAAACAGUUACUUGGUCUGUUGAAUGUACAUUCAGUACUCUCUAGAAAUAUAAUAUCAAAUCUUUGAGUGCAAAUUAAUGUUUGAACAUUAAAGUUAAGCUGUAAAGUUUUAACGUUUAAGUUAUAAACUUAAGCAGGUGAAGAUUAAUUUACGCACUUAGCAAAAACAUAUUUUUUCCUUCAUAACUACUGUGUUGUAAACAUGUUUUGUUAAUGAUUUGUUAUGAAAACAAGCAAGUAAAAACUGACUGAACUUUCUUUUUUGUCAUGUAAUAUUUGGUGGUUUGUUCUUCUAAUACUGAAAGGUGUAAUUCUUUGAAUCAUUAUCAUGCAGAAGAGAUUCUUAAAAGAGUUUAUGAAUUAAAUAGAAGAUAGAAAAACAAUGUUUAAAUUUUCCAGUUUUAAGUUCCCAUGACAAAUAUUCAUUUUCUGUUCCAAACAUGGGUCAUUUCUCUUUUGCAACAUUUCAAACUAGUGGUCGUUGUAAUAAUUUUUCAGAACAAGAUAAUUUCACUUACUGAACUGGUCAGGAGCAACUUUCCGUUGGAGCAAUUAAAUACCCCUUGCUCGGGGUUUAGUCCUGCAAUUAGUGUUGUGUGGGCAAUAAACAACCCAGGUUUUUAAGGGCGAGGAUUGUAGAUGAAGGGUGUGGACUGCUGUUGUGUUCAUAAUCAGGUCAAGCUAACCUCAUUGUUUAUAGUCUGGCUGUAGGUUAUUUGUAAGGUGGAGCUUAUAAUUAGGUGUGGUCCUGGAAAGAAAAAUUUGUAGCUUUAAAGAAAUAAAAUUGCACAACAAACUCACUCAGUAUUUUCUCACUUUUUGCUGCGUGAUGAAAAUGAUGGCCAUACAGAUUAGCUGGAAAUAUGGUUUUUAAGUGAUGUUUUGAAGGAUUAACAGUCCCAUUGAAUUUUGUUUUCAAAGAAAUGUGCAUUUUGGAUGUUAGAAGCCACCUGUGACAUAGCAACAGGUGAUCAAUGGUCACCUGCUCGUCAAGGCAGCCUGAUGCUGAUUGUUCAUACUGUUGACAAAGUUGACAGACACAUUUGGUGUUGACAAGAAAUAAUUAUGUGGCAAAAUUUUCAUCUAGGAGUGGAAAAAGUAUUUGAAAAUAUGGGUGUCAAACUUUUGUCCAAUUUGACACUCUUAUAUUGGUCUCAAAAAUCAUGUGUCUAUUUCUUAAUAAGCUAUGCCAUCUUGGAGUAAUGCAGUUUACCAUUAAUUUUUGUUACUUCAGUUUUACAGUGCAAAGACUUUAUGAGAAUUUACUUUUUGUUGUGAUGAAAAAUUUUUAACUGAGUUUGAAGAAGAUUCCUUUAGGUACUCAUGAUAGAGAUUUUACAAUUUUGCAUUGCUUUGGAACAUUCAGAAGGCUGAUUUUGCUUUGACAUCUUAAAUGCAAUAAUAUAAUAAUAUUAUCUUCAAUUUUAAUAAUAAUAUAUCAUGCAUAUUAACAGGAUUAAUUUUUAUAUACUUGUAACAAUUUUAAAGUUUUUUUAAAAAUAAAUUUCGUUCUGAAGUUCAUGAAUAACUUUGAAAAUAAUGGAUUAUCAUAGAUGAUAUUGUCAAUUUUUCAAAUAAUAUCUAUUGUGCUGUUUUCUUUUUCACUUUGACAUAGUCUUACUGUAGCGAUUUAUGUGGCUCAUGACAUGCUAAAACGGUCUACAAUAAUUUUAGUGCUUUGAGUUGUCAUGAGUUAUCUUCACCCACAAGUUGUUGUCACUUAUGAUGAUGGACAUUAGUGAUUGUAGAUUGUUUACAUCAAAUUUCUUAGUUGUUAACUUUAACCACUGAGAAAUUGUUCAAGACAAUUAUGUUACAGAAAGCUUGCUUUGAAAGGGUAAUAAUAUCGAUUGAUUGUCCAACUGUUAUUGUGGACUAACAGGGUUAUCACUAAGAUUUCUAGUUGCCAGGUAAAUACAACAAGUAGGUGGGGAAUCAAACAGCUAGGCACCUCUCCUAACCUUAAAAGCCAGUUGGUUCGAUACCCUAACUGUGAAACAAUGGAAAAUAAUGAUAAUUCAAUGAUGUGUUACUGUUUUCUACAACCAAUGAGGAAACACCGUAUGAGCAGCUCCUACAUUACUGGGGUCAGCUAGGGAUUUCUUUUGGUUCUAUUUUUCUUCUUUUUCCUGUUGAAAGAAGCCGGGCACCAUAUACAUAGUAGCCAGGAAAGAUCCCCAGCCCCUGGCUCUUUAUGACAGCCCCGACUAAACAUCCUUAACAGAGGCAAAGCUACAAGACUGGUCUGUAAAGUGAAAAUAGAAAUUAUUUAGACCUUCAGUUUUGGAAUGAUUCCAAACAGUUUCAACUUACAUCGGCAAACAUCAAAGCAGGCACAAACUAAUGGCCUUACAUUUACCUAAGAUAGAAAUAAAAGAAUUGAUUCCUUUGCUAUGGCAGUAAUUUGGUACUUGCAUGAACUAUAUUUUUGUAAAUUUGUUUGAAUAAUGUGUAGAUUUGUUUAAAACUUGAUCAGUUCAAAAGAAACAUCAAAAUGCUCUCAGCUUCCAAAAGACUGCCUUAUAAUGCAACAGGUGUUCUUAGCCUAUUUGGCCACCUGUUCAUGUGGAGCAGGUCACACUGUUGCCAGUUUGUUUCUCUUGGAUAUUUUAUUUACCAAAAAGGGUGUGUCACAUUUAAGACCAAAAUCAACAACUUACAUUAAACUAAAUAAUAUUAGUUAUCCUAACCUAGGUCUCGCCUCUGGAUAUUCUUGCUUGGACUCCUUUCCUUUGCUUAAUUUGGCUCCCAAAGUUGGUUAAAGGGGGAUCCUGUUAAAUCUGUGAAAAACAUGCAUUUGGUGACCAGUCAAAUACUGUAGCACUGUCAAUUUUCAGUUUUUAAAAUGAGGUAUAAAUUAGGAAUUUUUCUUAACUGUUGAAUCAAAGUGUGUUCCUCAAUUUAUCAGAAAAGAUCCAUGCACUUCCUGGUGGUGGUACAGUUUCUGCAUUUUAUGGAAAAAUAGGAGCCAUAUAUUAGUGAGCAGCUUUUAUUUCUAGUUUAAUUCAUCUUUAUAUUAUGGUAAUCACUCAAGUUUUAUACAGUAUGUUUGAUUCUCACAUGAGUGUUUUUUCUCUCUCUUGUGGUCAGCUCAAUGCAUUGCGACGACAUAAAGCAACAAAGUUCCAACGGAUUGUGACCAACACCCUGCGAAUUGUGUCUGUGGGAAUGGUGGUUGUAGCUUCACAGGUCCCUGCAGUAAGUUGUCAUUAACCUUAGAGUUUGUUCAACUCUUCCUAGGAUUGAACCAGUUUAUAUAAUCAUGUUGUGAUUAUUAAUUUUGUGGCUUGUAAUAAUAAAUCAUUAUUAUCAGUUUCAAACUAUGGCAUGGUGACGUUUAAUUUAUAUCUAAUUAUCAUUGUGUAUAAUAUUAAAAACCAUGCAAAUGGCAAUGUUAAUAUAAUUUUAACUUUUUUAAACCUGAUAGAUCAGGAAGAAACUGUUUCUUUUAACUUAAUUAUGAUGAAAUCAGUUAAUAAGACUAGUGGUCCAUGGUUACAGGCACUGUUUAGUCAAAAUAUUAUAAUUAUUAUCAUGGUUAAAAAAGUUCAUCCAAUGAUUAUUUAAUUCAAUUACGAUUUCUUGCAUAAAUGAACAUUACUUUAUUUUCAUGUUUCUGAUUUUCAGGCCAUGUCCCUUUACUGGGCUGUUUCAGCCUUCUUUGGUCUGACACAGAACAUAGCCUUUAAGGUUCCUUCAGUGCGUCGUCAGUUAGGCAUUCCAAAGACUCCAAGUGAAAGUGAGCGUCCAUUUCAAGACUUGAAAAACCUGGCUCAGCUGAAACGAGAAGAGUUCCUCAGGAUUCAGCGAGAAGGCCGACCAGUGAAAAAGAAGAAAUGAUAUUAUAAAAAAAGGACAUUGAUGGAGGUGCAGAAUGUGGUAAGGACAAAUUUGUCACUCUUAGUUGUUUGGGGCCAGGGACCAGUUUCUAGAACGUCCCAGUAAUUUACAGGCCAGUGAAGCUGUUGUUGUUGCCUUCAAGAUAGAGGUUUCAAUAGUUUUGCUGAUAACAUGAUAAAACCAUCAGUUAACAAAACAAAAUGGUCUGGUGUGUUAGCUAGGACCUCUGCUAUUAUUCUUUAGAUUUUGAUUUGAGUACUUGAUUGCAAGCCUGAAAAUGUAUGGCAACUUUGGAGAAUUGGGCCCCAGGUUCAUUAAAUAAAAUAAUAGUGGCCCAUUGUUGGAAAACAAAAAUAGCCUACGUGUGUAUAUAGCUGCCUCUGUAGUAGCAAGCAGUGGGAGAAAGCUGUAUACAUUUUGCUAAUUUAACGAUAUUAGGCUAGUUAUUGUUUUAUUAGCAGGAUAUUUUUCCACAAAGAAUUGUGAUGAAUCUGCAGGGCCUAGCUAGGUUUCUAUAAUAUUGCUGGUAUUAUCCCUUCCUAGUUAUUAUUGAUAUAGUUCUUACUAUGACCAAUGCUCUGACACAAAAUUGUAAAUGAUUUCCCUCUCCAGCUGCAGAGAGUACAGGAAAUUGGUCUGGCAGGGUUAGACUGAUUGUAAGCAGAUUAGCUGGGUUGGACAUGCAGAAUUCCUGUUUGGCGAUGUCUUUGAUGAAUGUGGAAAAUGCAGAAUUGCAACUUUAUGAGAAGGACAUUGGGGUUGGAAGGGUAUAAAACAUGGCUGUAUUUCACUGACUUGUGGAGCAGUAAGAAAGAACGCUGCUGUAUGCAUAAUCAGUUGCUUGACAGUCAAAAGGGACACACUAAUAUGCAUUUGUAUGAAGGAAAAAUUUGGCUCAAGUGGUCUUGCAACAACCUUGCUGAUAAGUAUUUGUUGCAUUGGACAGAAUCUGUCAUCAGUGGAUGACUAAUAUUUAUUGUUAAAUAGGUAUUGGCAUAGAAUUGUAACAGUAAGUUUAAUCUGUGGGUGUAUGUAAGUAAGGUAAAAUACUGUAAAUUUCAGUGCAGAGAAUUAAAACUUUAAAGAUAGU